ACACCCUGUGUUCAAGUUACGCUCUCGCUGGUUGUCUAAAACAAGUACAAAGGAAUCGAAGGACGAUGUUGAGUGGUCCUACAUAAUCCAUCGCAGGAUGCCCGGAUGAACAAAGAUUUGAUCUCAGAGUAGAGACGUGAAGACAAUGACGGACGCUUGCAUCCGCGCCGUCGUUGAAUCUGUUCAUUCGAGUUCCAAUCAGGCUGUUCUCUAUCUCGCCGGCGGAGCCUCUCUGAACAUAUGCUCAGGUUAUAGGGUGGUUGCUGUCGGUGCCUGGAGCUUCAAAUACAGUCCUUGAAGCCGUGAUACCUUAUUCCCGAAUGUCCAUGAUCCAAUUACUUGGCAAGAUUCCUGCUCAGUUUUGUAGCCAACAAACGGCAGAAGAAAUGGCUUUGUCGGCUUAUAACCGCGCACUCAAGCUCUCUAGGCCGGGUUAUCCAGUUGUUGGUUUGGGUUUUACCGGUUCUUUGGCUAGCAUGAGCCCAAAACUUGGGGACCAUCGGUUUUGCUUGUCAACGAGGACAGCUGACCGGCUUUGGGUAUCUACAGUUACACUGUCAAAGGGUUUGCAAACUAGAGAGCAAGAAGACAAGGUUUCAAGUCAUAUUUUACUUAAGGCAAUGGCAAAUGCAUGCAGAGUUACAGCGACAUUUGAUACUGGAUUGACAGAAUCUGAUGUAUCUGAUGAAUGUGAAAAGUAUUUCGAUGUCGAUCAACAAUUGGAGCAACUUAUAAAUGGGCAAAUAUGCUUUAAGAUCUUUCCAUUUUCAAGCGACACAAAUACAUCAAGCAGUGAAAGGAAGAUAAUUCUAUCUGGUUCUUUCAAUCCGUUACAUGAUGGCCACCUCAAGCUCUUGGAAGUUGCUGCUAGCAUUUGUGGUGACGGAUAUCCGUGUUUUGAAAUAUCUGCAGUUAAUGCCGACAAACCUCCACUAUCAGUAUCCCAAAUCAAAGAUCGUGUCAAGCAGUUUGAAAAAUUUGGGAAGACAGUAAUUAUAUCCAAUCAGCCCUUUUUUUAUAAGAAAGCUGAGCUAUUUCCAGGCUCUGCUUUUGUAAUUGGUGCUGACACUGCAGCAAGGUUAAUUAAUCCCAAAUACUAUGAUGGAAACUACAAGAAGAUGAUAGAGAUACUCCUCGGAUGUAAGAACACAGGAUGCACUUUCCUUGUGGGUGGUCGUAAUGUCGAUGGUACUUUCAAGGUUCUCGAAGAAUUGGACAUUCCAGAAGAGUUACAAGACAUGUUUAUAUCAAUACCAGAAGAGAGGUUCCGCAUGGAUAUAUCUUCCAGUGAGAUAAGGAAAAGACUUGGAAUCUAAUUUCUCUUACUCUGACUGCAACCUUCAGGCACGACGAAUAAUCUUUACUGUUGAAAAUGAUUAUUAUAUCCAUGUGAAUGGUGCAAUUCCUAAUGAUUUACUUAUAUACAGAAAAAACAAGCUUA